UUGAUUCUACCACCAUUAAAUUCGCGUUUAUGUAAUCCAGGUGAUCCAGCGAACGGCGGUGCGUCUGAUGUGUCUGACAAGGACCCGACAUGUGUGCCGGAUGAUGCAGAACCAACGACUUCAAAAGAGGUUUUAGAACCAACUCCAGCAGAGGAAGCACCCGAAGGAACUUCUCCCAACCGUCGUCAAUGUAACUUAAAGCUGUCGGGUCAGCUGUUCCUGGGGGUCGUUGAGGCCAGCAAAAGGGGUAUUCAUCCCGUUAUAAGGUACCCUAUUCCAGGUGGGAAUACGUGUUAUGCUUUCGAGUAUGUGCGUACCACAAAGAGAGGACAACUGGUGGUAUAUCGGUGCACGAGGUGCAAGAAGAACGGCUAUACCACCAGCAUAGCAGUGCAGAAUGGUAAUGAAUUUAUAGGUGAUCCUACUGAAAUCCCGCAUGUGUGCACUCCACUAAAGAAUGCUCAAGACAAAGUGACGCGAAUGGUAUAUCAGUCAUGCCAAGCAAUUGCGACGGAUCCACAGCUUGCCGAAGCGAAACCUAGUCAGUUGUGGAAGAGUAUUGCUCAGUUCAUCGACGACAAUGCACCAGACGAUGAAGCGGAGCGCGAAACGAUGCUGAGGCAUUUUUACAAAGGCGGAUUUAAGUCUCGACGAAGAUCGAUCGCAAGGGCAGCCGCGAAGCUCCACGAUAGCGGCACCACGAAGCGCACUAAUGACCAGAAGAAGCAACCGUCAAAGUCCUUCAGGACACUGCUUAGGAAAUGCUCCUCGUAG